AGGAUGUGGUCUUGUAUAACAGACUUCUUCACCUAUGAAACCACAAAGUCGGUGGUAGUGAAGAGCUGGACCAUCGGCAUCAUCAACCGUGUAGUCCAACUUCUCAUCAUCACCUACUUCAUUGGGUGGGUCUUUGUCUAUGAGAAGGCCUACCAGGUGAGAGACACAGCUAUUGAAUCCUCGGUGAUGACCAAAGUAAAAGGUUUUGGAAUCUACAAUGAGAAGGUCAUGGAUGUUGCAGACUACGUCAUUCCUACACAGGGAGCCUCGGUCUUCUGCAUCAUCACCAAACUGAUCACUACAGAGAACCAAGUCCAAGGAUACUGUCCUGAGAGUGAGAAGAAGUAUACUUGCACCCAGGACAGCGACUGCACUAGACACCUCAAUAAGCCAGGAAGUUAUGGAAUUCUUACAGGAAAAUGUGUUCCUUUCAAUGCCACUGUCAACAUGUGUCAGAUAAAAGGAUGGUGUCCUGCUGAGAUAGACACCAUCAAAACUACACAAAUGAUGGAAGUGGAGAAUUUCACCAUUUUUAUUAAGAACAGCAUCCGCUUCCCAACCUUCAACUAUACCAAGGGGAACUUCCUUCCUACUAUCACUGGUGAUUACAUCCAAAAAUGUAACUUUGACAUGAUCAACAACACCUACUGCCCGAUCUUCAGAGUGGGAGAUGUGGUCCGCUAUGCGCAGCAGAACUUCACUAAACUGGCAGACAAGGGAGGAGUGAUUGGAAUAAAGAUUGGCUGGAUGUGUGAUCUGGACAAGUCAGAUGACCAGUGUAACCCCUCAUACUCCUUCACCCGACUGGAUGCUAUGUCACAGAAGAAUGCUGUAUCACCAGGCUACAAUUUCAGAUUUGCCAAAUACUAUAAGAUGGAGAAUGGGACAGACUACCGCACUCUGGUCAAAGCCUAUGCUAUUAGGUUUGAUGUUCUGGUCAAUGGAAAUGCGGGGAAGUUCAACAUGAUCCCUACACUCAUCAACAUGGUGGCAGCCUUCACAUCAGUGGGAGUGGGUACGGUGCUGUGUGACAUCAUACUGCUGAACUUCUUGAAAGGAGCGGAGCAGUACAAGGCCAAAAAAUUUGAAGAGGUGUCGGACAGCCCGCUGGAAUCCCAAAGCAAUAGGUUUUACCACUCCCAGCUGUCACUCAGACAUAACGAGACCAUCAUGAGGUCCAGUGACUCAGGGGCAUUUUCUAUUGAACAUUACAGCUAAAUGGACAAGAUCGGAGCAACAGCCAGUGGUCAGGGAGCAUUGGACUAAGGAAGACAGAUGUGGGUUGGGUUUCUCUAAUUUUGUCAGUGUUCUAGGUUGUAUCAAUUUUACUCAUUCAGGGCUCUAUAUAACACAGUACCUCAGCUUCACCCAUGUCUAUGUCAAUGUCAAAAAAACAAAAGAACCUUGAACUGUUGCUAUGUUGCCCUAAUUUUUUUUAAAGCAGCUAGUGAUAAUGACAAACAAAUAAAUUUAAAAUAGAUAACUGAAUAAAUUAAAUACAAAAGCAUGAGUAUAUUUGUAUGGUGACACUUUUAAAAUCUGACAUUGGCUCAGUAUUUUCUAAGCAGAAAAUUUUUGUGUUCAUGUUGGAGGUCACUGCUUCUUUUGCACGUUGUAUUGAAACUACUACAAUAUAGCCUUUGUGAUGUAACACCUGGAAUAAACAAGACAUCUGGCAUGCAUUGGUUUAACUUGCUUGGCCCUCUGUAAUGGCUCU